GGACGUGCUUGACCCGCGCGGCUCGGCUGCGCCGGCCCUUGUGGCAGGCCGGGGGUCUCGGCGGGUCUGCGCGGCGCUCCAGCCAGGAUGCGGUUGUUCCGGUGGCUGCUGAAGCAGCCGGUGCCCAAGCAGAUCGAGCGCUACUCCCGCUUCUCGCCGUCGCCGCUCUCCAUCAAGCAGUUCCUGGACUUUGGGAGAGAUAACGCGUGUGAGAAAACAUCAUAUAUGUUUCUCCGAAAGGAGCUUCCCGUGCGACUGGCUAACACAAUGAGAGAAGUCAACCUUCUGCCAGACAACUUGCUAAACCGGCCUUCGGUGGGAUUGGUUCAGAGUUGGUAUAUGCAGAGCUUUCUUGAACUGUUAGAAUAUGAAAAUAAGAGCCCUGAGGAUCCACAGGUCUUGGAUAACUUUCUACAAGUCCUGCUUAAAGUCCGAAACAGACACAACGAUGUGGUUCCUACAAUGGCCCAAGGGGUGAUUGAGUACAAGGAGAAGUUUGGGUUUGAUCCUUUCAUUAGCAGCAACAUCCAAUAUUUUCUGGAUCGGUUCUACACCAACCGCAUCUCUUUCCGCAUGCUUAUUAACCAGCACACGCUUCUGUUCGGCGGUGACGCUAAUCCUGCUCAGCCUAAACAUAUAGGGAGCAUUGAUCCCACCUGUAACGUGGCCGAAGUAGUGAAAGAUGCGUAUGAAACAGCCAAGAUGCUGUGUGAACAGUAUUACUUGGUAGCUCCAGAGCUGGAAGUCGAAGAAUUCAAUGCCAAAGCUCCAGACAAACCUAUUCAGGUAGUUUAUGUGCCCUCACAUCUGUUUCACAUGCUAUUUGAGUUGUUCAAGAACUCAAUGAGAGCAACAGUAGAAUUAUAUGAAGAUAGAAAAGAGGGCUACCCAGCUGUUAAAACCCUUGUUACUUUGGGUAAAGAAGACUUAUCCAUUAAGAUAAGUGACCAAGGUGGUGGUGUCCCACUCCGAAAAAUAGAUCGUCUUUUUAACUAUAUGUAUUCAACUGCUCCCAGACCUAGCCUGGAGCCUACAAGAGCUGCCCCUUUGGCUGGAUUUGGUUAUGGUUUGCCGAUUUCACGUCUGUAUGCUAGGUAUUUUCAAGGAGACCUAAAACUCUAUUCCAUGGAAGGAGUGGGCACUGAUGCUGUCAUUUACUUGAAGGCUCUUUCAAGUGAAUCAUUUGAGAGACUCCCAGUUUUUAAUAAGUCAGCAUGGCGCCAUUACAAGACCACACCUGAAGCUGAUGAUUGGAGCAAUCCUAGCAGUGAACCCAGAGAUGCUUCAAAAUACAAGGCUAAACAGGACAAGAUCAAGACUAACAGAACUUUCUAGAGAACUGAAUGCUCUGAUCCUCUCUGUGAAGAAAGAUCGUCUUCUGCAAGUCAACCAGAGAGAACUCCUUUCCUCUACCAACUUUGAGCGCAGAACCAUAGUUAUUCCAGUGCUUGAAUGUGUAUUUUCUCCAUACCAGCUGGACCUUUUCCAUGGAGCCUUUCCUGUAGCUACUCCAGCUCUUCCACAGAAACUAGUAAUUUUGUAAACUGAGUAAUUAUCCGUAGUAUUUUGCUGUGUUGUGAUUGGCGCCUGGCACACAGGAACAUAGAGCCUCCAGAGGGUCUUAAUGCCCUCAUAGCCUCCACCUCAUUAUCAUAGAGUCAAGUGUCUACAGUCUUCCCGAGAUUCCAAGCUCCUUCCCCUUCCUGACGCAGCAGAUACCUACUGCUACUGUUUGUGACCGAAUACCAUGUUUGUCCCAAACCACCGACCAGGGCCUGGGGAAUCUGGAAGUUGAAGACAUCAGCUGAGCGUGUCUUGAUAAUUCAGUCCCAGAGCCUUCUUCCUUCAUAUGCAUUUCUCUUCCAUUAUUUGAUUUAAACUCUUGCCUUCCUCCAUCUGAUCGUAUUCUCUUUGUGAGACGUGGGUACUUUCGUGUUAGAUCUUACUCAUCAGUGCAUUGAUUUUACUUUAAAAUUCAUUUGUAUAUUUCCAUUCUGUUGAUUAAAGUGAUCCAAAAGUUGUCUUGGACUUUUUCACUUAACUGCUUGGUUUCAAAGAUCUUAAGUGAAAAACUGCCUUCUGAUCAAUAGCAAGUUUGUAAAGAAUGGAAAAGUAGACUUUUAUUGCUUAUGUAAAGACUUAACCAAUCUUGUAAUGUACCUUUGUCAUAUUCUAUUCCUUUGUAGUCUUCUAGUCUCUGUGUGGAUGCACUUUACUAGUGGUAAAAUGGACUAUUGAAGGGAAAAAGUUCUGUCUAGUUUAUUUUGAAUUUUAGCCAGUUUUAGAAUAGUCAACUCAAUCUGAUUUUCACAGUCCUUUUUUUUUUUUUACUUUUUUGCUGACUGUUGGAAGUGGAAGUUGGCAGAGGACUUGGAGUAAGGAAAGAGGAGUCAUAUUUACCUUUAGAAAUAGAAGCUGUCUGAGGGUCUGUAUUAAAAUCAGCGUGUUCCACAGCUCCACAGGAUGUUUCUCUUCACUAUAAUCUUUCAUAUGUAUUAUCUACCCUGACUUCUCCCCUCUUUUAAUGUCCGUAUAAAUGUGUUCAGUCCUGUGUUUAAGUCUUGAGUCUCACUGAUUUAAAACUUUUAACUUGAAUUCUUCAUUCUUUUGUCAUAAAAUUGUGUCAGUGUGGCUAUCUCCAUAGUUACUGUGGUGGGAGAUUUUGCCCUGGGAGAAGUUGUGCUCUGACCAGCUGCACCUGGGUUGAUUACAUCGUUUCUCUUAGUUCCACUGAAUCUGAUUUUUCUUUCAUAUCAUUAUAUUACCUGAGAUCAUGGUAGUUCCCCUUCACCUUUCGAAAGCUCUCAUCUAUCUCUUCCAUACUUUGAAGCAUCUCAUCAGAGAACUCAUAUCUAAUCAGUCAGGUAAAAGGAAUAUCAACAUACUUUCUGAUGGUAAGGCAGUCUAUAUGGGGGCCAUUGCUUUGAGAACUAAGUCAGUGUCAUAGAGAUGAGGCUGUCUCAUAUGAUUAUUUUCUUGUAGUGUAAACGAUGUAAAAAUAAUGGUCCUUCACAUUUAAAGACCCUGUCUUCCUUAUAAACAUUAGGUAGUAUAUUGGUGCCUUCCUUACUAGGCCUCUGUUUCAGAACAUACUCAUUUAUACUUCCAAGUAUGAUAUACCCUAGAGGUGGAGGGUCAGCAGAUUCUGUCAUUGUUUUUCUGUCAUUGUUUUUGUUGUGUGAUUGAAAAAUGCUCAUGGAUCAUUAUGCCCUCACAACACCACCAUGUAAAGGUCGAAUAUGGAAAAAAUGGGGUGGAAAAAAUCCUAUUACAUUCCUGCCUUUACAAAUCUUUUUCAGGUAAAGAUUAUUUCAGUGUUUUAAUAACUUAAUUGGUAACCCUUUUCUCAUAUACUCUUCUUAUUUGUACCCAUCUGACCCCAGUACUUACCGCUUCUCCUGUCUUUGUUUUCUGUAUUUAACUUUGCUCUUAAAGCAACCGCAAGAAGAGUUCCAGAAACAUCUUGCAUUCUCACAGUUCUGCUAGCCCUUUUACCCAAGUAUUCAUCUGUCCUUUUUGUUGGCUGUACAUAAUUAUCUGAUCUUAAGCACAUCCUUCUGGCUGUUUGCUGGCUUUGUCCAUAAGAAAAUGGCCAGAUUUCUACAUAUGGGUUAUAAUAUAAAUAGACAUUGCCCCCUUGUCAGCUAAAUUUGACUAGUUCUCUUCCUUCCUCUUAUUUCCCUCUCAUUUAUUUUAUACUCAGUAUUUGGGGACCAUGCUUGCUGUUUGGAUUAGCACCUGGCACAUAGUAGGUUUCCCUAUUCCCUAUUCCCAUCAGAGAUCAUUCUAAAUAUUAGUUGAAUCAAAGAAUGAAAAUUGACAGAUGUUUAUUUAGCUUGGGCGAUCGGGCAACCUCUUUCAAAGUUCUUAAACUGUUCUUCUUUGCAAUAUAAAAAUAAUUCAGGUAAAGAGCUGUGGAAGUAAUGAAUUUCCUUCUUAUCAUACCAAGAAAUGAUUUUAAAAUGUAGAGAAAUGGAAGGAAGUAGGGAUUGGUCCACGGGGGCCAUCAGACCUUUUCUUUGUCUCUGAAUAUCUGAUUUUGGCUCCUUAAUAUAUUGGGUUCUUUCCAUCCAAAUAGAGACAUAGUUUUAUAGCCUUGCUUAUAGAUUACAAAGAUCUUUCAUGUGGACCGUGCAGGUAUUCUUUCUCUUUUUCAUAUGAGUCCCAAAGCAGUUAAGGGCUUUUCCAAGGUGGCAGGGUAAAUAAAUAGCCGAACCAAAGUGGGUAGUUUGGGUCUUCUCCUUUCUAGGCUGGUGCUUUCAACAGUACACCAGGUAAUUAGCAUUAGCUCUUUUGAGGAAUUUCUUGGGUAUAUUAGCCCUCAAGGGUAAGAUACAAACCAAAACUUUUAUAUAGUACAAGAUAAUUCCAUUCAGGAAAGAUGUUCUUUUGUGUGUUUUCGUUUUGGCAUAGUUAGUAAGAGGAGCUAAUUGAAUGGAUUUGGCAGCUUUUACCUAGAAAGACAGGCAACUUAAAGUGUAUAGCUGUAGGUAAUUACUAUAGUUAUUUAGGCUUAAUUCUAUGUUUGAAUGAAUUCAGUGCUCAGUGCCAGCCCUUUGAUACAAAGACUCCACAUUCAAGAGUUGAUGCAUUUAUCUUUGGGUGGACUAGAUUACGGCUUCAGUUAGAUUUUCUUGCGUAUUUACAGAUGUAUUUCUCUUGCUGUUACGUGUGAACAACAACUUGGCUGGCUGUUGGAUUCUUGGAUCACAUCCCUUCUCCCUCAAUUCUUUGGAGAUACUGCUUUAUCGUCUUCCCGUGUCUGGUGGUGUUGGGUGGUAACCUGCUUGUUUGCCCUGGAUACUUGUGAUUCUUUGUCCUUGAAAUUCAGUAACUUCAUCCAAGUAUGUCUCAGGGUUGACAGUUGUCUGUUGGCUUUUCGUGGCACACAGGAAAUGUGCCCAUCUAGAGUCUACUCAGCUUCUCCUGCUGCCAAGUUAAGAAAUUAUUGGUAGAGUCCUUUAGAGCCCUCUUAUUAACUGCCCAGUAAUUAUGACCUGUUUGAGACUAGGAGAAAAUCCUGGCAAAUGUGAGAAUCCUUCUUUGAUUAGGAGCAGCUUCAUUGUAUCUGUCAGAUACUCCCCUACAGCCCAUGGUAUGGGGUUAGAGCUUCUACUGGCUUCAUAAUAGACAGCUUCUUUUUCAAUUUUGGGGUGUAUGUGUUGGAGAGCAGGAGUAGUUACAUAAACAUGCAUUUAUUCUGCCAUCUUUCCCAGCAGUCCAGGUGCUUAAACAUUGACUUUGAAGAUAAUGUCCUUCAUAAUCUAUAUGUUAGUAAACAGAGGGAACCAAUAUUGCUAGCAGGAAGGAACCAUUAACUACUUAAUCAAUACAGGAUUUUUGUUUAUUGUUCUGUGUAGAAAGAUAACUUUUAACUCAGGUUCCUGUUCCCUUGAUUAGAGAUAUCAGUACCUUCUGGUUUGAAAAUAGGGAUCAUAUGAAAUUUUAAUGAUUUUUGAAGCUAUCAACCAUGGGCAGUUAUUAAUUCGUUAAUUAAAUAUGAUAGCAUAUUUCAAAAUAGCACAUAAUCAGAGUCGUCAAGAAGUAUGAGCUAUUUUUUGUUAGGUUGUUCUUUUAACUGUCCAACUGAGGGUGUUAACCCCUCUGAGAGCUUUACUGUGACAUGUUUUCUUUUCUGUCUUUUCAGUCAGACCAUUUUAUUGUUGCUGUCAAGCCAGUUCCUACUCAUGGCGACCUCACGUGUGUCAGAGUAGAACUGUGCUCCAUAGGGCUUUCAAUGGCUGAUUUCUUCUGAGGCACAUCUGGGUGGACUCCAAUCUUUUGCUUAGCAUCUGAGCACAUUAGCUAUUUGCACCACCCAGGGAUAGAAAGGUGUGAAGUCCACAUCAGGAUUGCUUUUCUUAUUCAUGACUAUAUGUUGAAAUGGUCUGUUGGUCUGGGGCCUGCUAUAGCAGCACACAGAUUAAUGUAUAGAAAGUGCAUUUACAGGCAGAGCACAGGGAAUGCAGCUUCGUUCAGAUUGGGGGUUUGAUUCAUCUGUUUGUAGGAUUUAAGCUUCCUUUCCUCAGGGGCCCGCCCAUUCCACUAGACAACCAUCAGCAAACUGCUCCCCUUCAGAGCUCCAGCAGAAUGGCCAAGGAGCAUGUGUGACUGCUUGCUCGAUGCCCCAAACCUUCCUGCCCGUGUCUCUGUCCUCAUGUGAGAUGCAGAAUCGAACACGGGCACCCACGUGCAAGAGAGACUGAAGAAGCAAAGGUGGGAGACAGGGGUGUCAUGGAAAGCUAUGUUCAUUCCUCCAUUUAAAAAACAGAGUGUCUCCUGUGUGCUAGAAACCACUAGAUGCUGGGAAUCUGACAGUAAUAAAAGCUGAUAGAAAUCCCUGUGUGGUGAAGCUCACAUUCUAGGUAGGGGAGACAGACUAGAAACAAAGACAUUCGAUAGUACAAUUGGGAGAUAAAAGCGAUGGAGAAAAAGAAAGCCAGGCUGUGGGGUGAGGGGGGUAGGUGGCACCAGGCCUUCUAAAUGUUCUUAUCCUGGACAGGUGUUCCCCUUAGACGAGGAGGUGGUAGUGACUCCUCAGCUCUUUUUGCCUUUGUCCCUACUGAUCUGAAUUUGGAGCUGUCCUGCUCGGCGCUCGGCUCUGUGAGUAACUCUGUGUGGCCCCUGCACCGCAGCUCUGGGCAGACAGAGCCAACCGUGCCCAUUUCAUCAGCUCCCUGACCAGCAGAGAACAGUGGUAAGGGGAGAGGAGCCGGCUUAACAGCCAAAUCUCAUAAAAAGGAACCCUGGUAGCACAAUGACUAAGCGCUCAGCUGCUAACCAGAAGGUUGGCGGUUUGAACCCACCAGUGGCCCUGCAGGAGGAAGACCUGGCAAUCUGGUCCCAUAAAGAUUAAAAAAAAAAAUUAGAGCCUGGGAAACCCGAUGGGGCAGUUCUACUCUGUCACAUGAGGUUGCUGUGAGUUAAAGUUGACUCAACAGCGCUCAACAACAACAACAACUCAUCAUGAAAACACAAUGAUAGCAGGCUCAGGAUGUAGCUUUUCGGAUGGACUUCAGAACUCAUUAUUUAAAUAAAAGUUUCCCACUUGGAAGCUAUGUUCAUCCCUAAAAUGAAAGAAUUAAAUGACAACGAUGUUUUGGUGACAAAAUUCUUGAGAAAACUUUGUUUCUGCCUUUGCACCUGUCUUGAAAAUAGGGACAUGAAUUCCCCCACAAUCCCAAUGAUAGGAUCCUAUGGGUCUUUGGGUUGUGACGCAGGCACCACCAGCUCUCCUUGCUCCCUGCUCAAUGCCCUGGAGGGAACACCUUCGGGCCUUGGCACCCGCCCUGUCUGGUCUAUGGAGAGAGCUAGAGCUGAGUAGUCUGGAGGCUGUGGGGGUGGAUUUAACUGACUAGGGAAGGAGAUCUGAUUUUCAUUUAAAACAAAAAAAUCAAUACCCAUAGCAACCCUGUUGGACAGAGUAGAAGUGCCUCAUGGGGUUUGCAAGCCUGUAAUCUUUACAGAAGCAGGCUGCCACAUCUUUCUCCCACAGAGCAGCUGCUGGGUUCAAACCCCUGACCUUUCGGUUGGCAGCUAAGUGCUUGACCACAGCGUCACCAUUUAAAGUACUUAUUUGGAUGUAAAUAAAAGCACUUUAGGACAUCUUACUGAAAGUCUCCACACAGGUGUCUCUGUCAGUUAUGUGCCUGCAUUAAAAGAAAGCCCACCCCUUUAUCUCAUUAAUAUCCUUUCAGUGUUUAACAAGUCCAUAAUGGUACAGUAAAACCUGCUAAAGCCAGAACCUGUGUAAGGUGGAAACUAGUCAGAGAAGGAAGACUCAGGUAUUUUCCACAAAAAUGGGCAAUAGAAAAGUGUUAAGACUGCACCCUGUCAAAGGCAGAAAACUUGUGAGACCCGGAAAAGCAAGGCAGUCCUGUUGAGUUCUGGCUUUCCUCCAUCCUAUAGGGUUGCUAUGAGUUGGAAUCGACUCGAGGGCACUGGGUUUUUUUUUUUUGGGACUGUAACAUCUUCACAUCCAAGGUGGAGAACUGACUUCCUGUCUCUCCAUUCUUCUCCCUUCAGUACUGUUGACUCUGAAGGGACAGCGCACCUCCUGAUGUGAAGGGGUACCUGAUUUCUUUUACGGAGGGCUGCAUAGUUCUCGAAAAUGAGAAGAAACAGAGUUUGAUGUCUGGAGGCCUGUGGUCCAGUUUGGUCUAUUGGGAAUAUGUUUUGUGGUUUUUUUUGGUUUUUUUUUUUAAUGCUAGAGAAUUAAGGUGUUAAAUUUGUGGUAAUACAAAAUCCAGGAAGCUUAGAGUGCAAAGAGUGUGAACUUAACCUGAAAAAUAUUUCUCUGUUCUAUAAAUCUCUCAGUGACAUUUGGAUUAAUCAAGCAUAAUCAAAUGUAGUUAGAUUUUUGUCAGAUUGUAGUUCAAAAUAAUACUCAUCUAUGGAAAAAAAAAAGAGGGUAAUAUAUUCUGCAGAAAUUUUAUUAAGCACUUUAGUUAAGCAAACACUAAGGAGAACAAAAUCAGCCUUAGGAAGGUUAAUUACUAAAAAAACACAAAGUAUAGUAGAUUAUGGAAAUCAUUUUAAUUUUGAAUACCAUGGCUUAAGCUUUAAUUUACAUAGAGAAGUAGUUUGGAUUUGUUUUCCACAUUAUAGUUUUCAAAAGUACAGAAUUGCACCCUUUUACAAGCUCUGAUCAUUUGUAGGAUUCUAUUAAGCCCACUCAGCUUUUUCAUGCUAGUCGUUUCCGAAAGUAAAGAAUCAGAGCUGCAGUCUUAAAAUGCAACGAAUUAUUUUAGGGUUCCACUGGGUUUGUUUAAAUUAUAAGAACUGCACUUUCGAUUUCUGGACCUUUUAAAGAAGUUAGCGUUCUAAGAGAAGCAUUAGGAGAGAGAAUGUAGGUGACAGCCUCUCGCUGGGGCCUGGCCUCUUAGUAAAUGUUCAGUUUUAGAAAACGAACCUUUAAAAAAAGGUUAAACGUAAGAGUAUAGAUUCUAAUGAUGAAUCUUUCUUUUAUUUUAGUCAUUUCUUAAGGGGAGAAGUAAAGCGAUCAAAUGGCUUUUGUAUGUUUGUAUAUGUUUUGUACUGAGAAUUAAAACGUUUUUCCCUACCCUUGCAUGUCUCAGGGAAUAGCCCAUGAUAAGGAUCCCUCAUGGAAAUCUCUGGAACUCCAACCACAUUGUAUUCAGAUUUAGUUCUUGUCUAAGUUUCCAGAGCUUGAGUUUCAGAAGUAUUGUCAUCUCAGGAGCACAUGAUGACCCAAGAGACCCGAACCUUGCCCUUAUCCCUACUCAGAGUCUAUGCACAUUAGGCUUUCUCAUGAUAAAUGACACCUGUGUUUCCUUUGUCUGGUGUCACUUCUCUGAGAUUUUCAUAGAGAACAAAACCCAUGCAAUUGCAUUUUGUCCAAUAACUUUGCUUCUUGGCUUUUCAGUGAGGGUUCUGUUUUCCAUUGGAAUUGAAUUCUUUCAGGAAAGUAAAAGUUCACUUAAGAGAAUAUUUCAUUAAUGAAUUCUAACUUCAUUGACCUAAAAGUGGCCUGUUGAUUUGAAUUCCAUGCAUGACUUUUGCAAAACAGCACCAAUGUCAAAGAUUGAAUCUGUACUAAGCAAUAUGUUUGCCAUAUUGAAAAGUGAGAAAAGUACGAAAAGUACAUAAAUAUCUAAGUGUGGCACUUAGGACGGGCUUAGCUGCUCUCAGAUUCAGCUUUCCCUUCUAAAUUGGUUGAAAAUGGCAAAUUUAGAAUGGAAUGCAUAUUAAUAACAACUACUUAAUGUUUAAAAAUAUUCUUACCUUGAGAUUCUUUUUGAGAGAAAAAAAUGAAUCUCGACAUUUAGUUCUCUUUUUUGACUAUUUGUAUAUGCUAGGCAUUAAAAGGAGCCCUGGUGGUACACUGGUUAAGAGCUCAGCUGCUAACCAAAAGAUUGGCAGUUCGACUCCACCAGCCACUCCUUGGAAACCCUGUGGGGCAGUUCUACUCUGUCCUAUAGAGUCACUAUAACUCGGAAUCGACUAGACAGCAAUGGGUUUUUUAGGUUUUGAGGCAUUAAGAAAGGCAAUUCCAAAAGUUUAAUCUGAAUGGAAGUCAGCAGGAUUCACCGUUUAGCCAUGCUGUUUUAUAAAGUAUAACAAAGGGUUUGUAUAAACAGAUAAAUAUGGGUAUAAAAUGUUAUAUUGUUUCUAAUAUAUCAUGGCACCGUUUUCUUACAAAUUCCAUUUUCCUUUUGCCCUUUGAACUGUUAGUUCUUAUAACCAUGUAACCUAAAUUAGUAUUCCCAAAGGCACUAUAGUUACACCAAGAGCUGGCUUAUGCCUUGAUCUGAACUAAAUGCCGAGGUUAGUAUCCCACAUGUUUAGUCUAAGAAUACUUACAGCCAACUGUAAGGAUCUGGAAACAGCUGGGACGGCCCAACACUGAAGUGUGAGCCAGCUUCUCAGGCCCAUGUGCCGAUGACCGUCAGGAGGCAGGUUUUGCCUGGCUGUCACAACCAGUGUAAACUGCAAAAUAGAAGAGACUUUACGAGAUCCAGUAUCUGCUGUGUUUUUCUCUAGAUGUGUUUGUGUAAGCCUUCCUGGGGAACACAUCACAGAAAGUCCUUUGGUAUCUUGCUUUUCACUUUUCAAAGUUCCUGUUAGAGCUGGCUUGUGAAUUUGACCAAUAAAUUGUGCACAUACUUAAAAUCUUUUUGGACUAAGCCAAACUAAGUCUAUUUUGACUUUCAAUGGGCAACCAAGGCAAGGUUUAUCUAAAAAAUACAAAGUACCCUGGAUUUUAAAAUUUUAAAUGGACUUUUUUCAGUGUUGGGGGAAUCAAGGUAUAUUGGUGCCUUUGUUUUCAUUCUGUUGAUUGUGACAAAUGAUUUUUCCCCACACUCUAGAACUGAAUGUUAUUACCUUAGCGUCUGUCUAAGCCUAAGCUCUGCAGAGUUUCUUGCUAAAAUCAUUUGAGGCUGUAAUUGCUGCUCAAGGUUUAUGUACACAUGACACCAUCUGUUGCUUCUAGGUUCACAUCCUCACAAAAAGGACGCAAGUGUGUGAAAUUUAAAUAUUUCCCAGAUUUAGAACGCAAGUGGUGAAUACUUAAGAAAUGCUUCAACCAAAUAAGAAAAGCCCAUGCAAAGUAAAAAUACUAUUGUGAUCAUAUUGAAUGCGGAGAUUAAGUGUAAAGUUACUUUGCCAAUUUUUUCCCCAUAAUCCCUUAACUCAAAAGCAGUGUCUAAACCAGAAUGAUACCUGAUUUGAUAAGAGAAAAAUACUAACUUAAACAUGAAAUAAACGUUCGUUACAAUACUUGUACCCGGAAGUCAGAAGAGGACCUGGUUCAUUUGUGCAUUGGUCAGCUUAGAUACAGUGACAAGGGUAGGCAUGUGUCCGGGGCUCACAAACAGCCUUGUGGAUGUGGUGUGAACCCUGGCCCCUUAUGCUCUGUUCCCACUUGCCUGGUACACACUGUCAUGAAUGAAAGAUGACUUUGCCUUGAGGUAAUUGGUCACUCCACUUUCCAUGGAGAAGAGUGUUCUGUUGCUGUGAUGGUUGACAAAACGUGACUAGAGAAGUGUGUGGCUUAGAUACUACUGUUUUCUAUAAGUUGCGGAGCCAUCUGUGGCCAAACUAGGGCAGGAGCUGAUGGACAAUCCUGUACCACAAUCAUCCAACCAAUAAAACGGUAGUCAUGACUCCCCGCCCGUAAGUGUGGUGUUUUCUCAUCGCUCCCACCUGCAAGCUUUGUCUUCUGCUCUCUCAGGUUCUGAAACUUAAUAAAUUAACGGCACCAAAGCACCUUUGUGAGUUGCUGGAAAUGGACAAGGAUGCUUAAAUUCUUAUUAUCAAUUGAAGGAGAAAUCGGUUUUUAGAUGCUCUAUAUCAGGACAUUGUGCUCACCUUUUUUUGGAACCUGUUGUGGGCAAAAUAUAGGUGUUGCUUAACGGUAAACCCUUAUAGGUAUAUUCUGCAAACUGUGAUAGGGGAAAGUGGACCUGUAUCGUCCAAACCAGGACACUUUUGAAAGUAAAAAGGAGCACUAUUAAUAACUAUGCUGGGACAAUGGGUGUAAACUGGGACCGUCCUGGGCACAAUAGUCUAGCUGUGGUCCACCGACACCAGAGUUACCUGAAAUGCUGGUGAAAUGCAGAUUCUGUUGUUGUUAGGUGCCGUCCCCUAGGAAUCAAUAAUCUAUAAUAAAUACCCCAGAGGAAUUCUUAUAAAUGUGUGGGUUUGGGAACUGCUACCAUACAGAAUAUGCACAAGAGGAAACUAUUUGCAUUUUUCACGUAAGGGCUCCUGGGCCCAUGACCUCUUAUGAGAAACUGGGGCAGCACCAACCCCAGAAUCCACUGCCUCCGAGGACAUUUGGCUACUCUUAGGCGCUUCCCGAAUGAUUAAGAGAUAUUAAUCUUCAUGUUAUUCAGCAAUGUGUCAUACUUUUACAAAACAUUUAAUGGUGUGAGGGCGUCUUUAUUAUUAUUUCGCGUAAGAGUCACAUAGCUGCUACUUGCAUAUUUACCAUUUAAAAAGUUCUAGAAACUUUCAGGCAAAAAACUUGGCUUUGAAUGAUUCUGGGGAGGGCUAGUGUCAAGAAAAUCAGCAUGUUUGCCUUUGUUCUACCAACCAGCGCUGUUAACAGAGCCUCACUUUCCUCAUCUAUAAAAUUAGGGUGUUGGGCUACAUGAAUUCCAAGGUUCUUUCCAGGUCUAACAUUUUGUGAAGCUUUCUCAAGCCUAAAAUGAGAAGCAAUUACUAAUGUGCUGCUUUCACGUUGUGAUAUAUUUUGCCCAAAGAAUACAAAACCAGUGAUUCUUGAAAGUGACAGUGGUUUUAGUCAGCAUUUAAAAAUGAUCCAUCAGUCUUUUACCAGAAGUCAGCCACUGUGCUACCAUGUGAUCCACGAUUUGGGAAUGGCCUUUUUGUAGCAGUUGCUCCUGCCCUGCUUUGAUAUUUGUAGAGUAGGUCCAGAUUAGACUUUAAAGGGGCCUCCAGCCCAGAUCCCCUGACUCCAGGAAGCUGCUGUAGAGCGUCACACUUCAGUGUACUUUUUUACUUCCUUGACUCUUUCCAAAUGACUUAAGAAUCCAUGUUUCCCAAUGAUUAUCUGCAGAUAAUAUUUUCAGAUGUUUACUUCAUCAUGGCAUGUUGAUGUAUGCUGUGAUCACAUGAAUAAAUCAUAAGGCAGCGAGCUGGAGGGGCUGCCCUCUGGAAAGGGCGUCUGUAGACCACCACCCUCCACUAGAACUGUCCCAGAUGAAAGAGGUGUUCCAUGGCUGCUGACCAGUAUGGUUGCCACUAGGCGCCUGAACAUUUGAAAUGUGGCUAGUGCAGCCGAGGGAUGAGAUUUUUCAUUUAAUUGUUAUUAAGUAGCUGCAAGUGGCUCCCAUUAAACCCUUGCUGUCGAGUUGAUUCGGACUCAUAGCGACCCUAUAGGACAGAGUAGAACUGCCCCAUAGGGUUUCCAAGGCUGUCAUCUUUAUGGAAGCAGGCUGUCUUUCUCCCUCGGAGAGACUGGUGGAUUUGAACCACUGACCUUUUGGUUAGCAGCUGAACACUUAAACACUGGGCCGCCAGGGUCCCUUCACAUGUGGCUAAUGCCAACUACAUUGGGCAGCACAGCUAUGUACAGCCAUUUCACUCUGUUGGAUGUUUCUUUGUUAAAGAACAUUGAGCGCCCAUGUUAAACAACACUGAGUACCCAUUUUCACCAAUCGCAGAGCUGGGUGCUUAACAGCAACCUUGUCAUUUCGAAAUGUUGGUCUGAAAAUGAAUCCUUUGCCCUCUGCCCAUUGAUCACACUUUCAUCAAUGUAAUAGUCUCUCUUUGGAUAAGGAAAUAAAAUGAUACGUAGACCUGUUGUGGCCACGUGGCAGAUCAAUUCUUGUCUCCUCCGUGCUACACAAGCCAUUGACCAUUAACACUUUUGAAUCCAGUUACUCUCCAAGCCACACUUGGUUCCCUGUGUUGGAGUAUUACUAUAGCCCAGAGGGGCUCAACCUGGCUCUACAUCGAAAUCUCCAAGUCCUGGGCUUCACUUCACAGCCAUUCAUUCCA